CUUGUGUCAAAGUGUUGCUGCCUCUUGUCACAGAGAGAACCGUUCCCUUAAAUGCAGCUGCAGUACUUUGGUGUGAUACCUGUCAGAAUCAUUCACGGUGUGAGCUUGGGUUUGUAACCAUGAUGCCAAGAUUGGUCCUUCUCCUUUUCUGUGGAUAUAUUGCAGUAAACCUGGGAAGUGCUCAGAAAUUGCCCAGAGUGAAAAGACAGAGUCUGAAAGUUCAAAUCAAUGCAACAGAUGACACUGUUUGCAUGAGGUAUCUUCGACCAAGCCAAAACACCAAACUUGAAGGUUUUGUCCUGGGUUAUGGAAGCAGCUUCUUCUCUAAUCAGUACAUUCCUUUACCUUCGGAUGGAAGCACCUACAUAAAUGAACUUGAUGCAGAGCCACGGUAUUUGGUUUCAGUGAGACCAGCGCGUGUUUCAAAUAACAAGAAAUCUUGUUCAGGUCGGAACAAGAAUCAAAAGCCUCUGCAGCUGGUAGUUGGCACUCUCACCCCAACUUCUGUGUUCCUCUCUUGGGGCAUCCUAGUCAACCCUCAGCAUGACUGGACAGCAACAAGUAACUGUGCUAGCGACAGGUUCUACACUGUUCGCUAUAGAGAAAAGGAUAAAGACAAGAAAUGGGUUUUUCAGCUUUGCCCAGUUACAGAAACAGUGGUGGACAAUCUGAAGCCAAACACACUUUAUGAAUUUGGAGUUAAGGACAACAUGGAGGAUAGCAUCUGGAGCAAGACUUUCAAUCAUAAAACAGUUCUGUCUAGUAAGAAAGUAAAUGGACAACUCCAGAAUAUGUACAAAUUGGUACCUAGUACCCAGUCACAGCUUACGCUAAGAGAUAAUAAGAAGUUGGUCCCUGUUACCAUAAUCAAACAAGUUAUUCAGAAUCGGACGCAGUCAAAAACUUCGGAUAGUUCUUCUCUGCCAGGAGCAAUUCUAGUGCAUCUUAUUGUUCCAGGUCUCAAUGAAACUCAGCAAAAACUUCUUCCUCCCCUGUCAAUAGAUGACAUAAGUCAAGUAUCCAGAAAAAAACUGGGUAAGAAUGAAACUCAAGUAUGGCCUGCUGAAUCCAAAACACCAGAAGUUCAAGAAAUCUCGCCUCAGUCUCUCCCAGCUCAGGCUGAGAAAAAACACGGACCUAAGGAAUUUAAAUCAACGCCUAAGCCCGAAUUGCAAACUCAAAACAUAUUGGUUUCUAAUGAAAUACAUCCACUUCCUCCUGGAACCAGAAUCUUUGAUGAUCCAAAAAGUCCAUUGACAGAACUUGCUCCAAAGGAGAUUCCUCGCAUUCCUUCUAAACCUAAACCUUCACCCAAACCUCAUAUUCCACAGGCUAAAGAUGUCCUGGAAUCUGUAACGUUUAGAACUGAUCAACCAAAACCAACAAUAGUUCCAAAAGAAUCACAUCGUAUUCCUUCCAGACCUAGGAUACCACCAAGCUCAGAGGUGCCACAGACCAAGCCUGCUCUGGAACCAAUUACGUUUAGAACUGAAAAACCAAAGUCAACGUCAGUUCCUAGAGAGACACGUUAUGGGCCUUCCAAACCCAAAACAUCUCCCAGUCCACGUGUUUCUCCAACCAGAGCAAGUCCAAAAGAAAGUCGACGAGUCACUGCCAAGCCUAGAACAUCACCAAUUCCAGAUUUACCACACACAAAACCUGCUCCUAAAGAAACACAACAAACUUCCUUUAAACCUAAACCAGCUCCCAUUCCAGAUGCUUCACAACGCAAGCCUGGAAUCGUUCCAUCCUUCCGUGAACCUGAUUCUACUAUGAUUCCUCAAAUGCCUCAAAGAAUAAAACCAACACUGGCUGCAACUGAAAAACCAUUCAUUCAUACCAAACCAAAAACAUCUGAAAAACCAAGAGUGCCAUACACCAGACCUGCAGUACAUCAAACAACCCCACAAACAAUUAUCACAAAAACUUCCACCACCACUGAGCAGUCAAGGGCAACAAUGGCUCCAAAAGAAACAAUGCUCCUUCCUUUCAAACCUAAAUCAUCUGUUGAGACAGAAGUACCACAGACUAAACCUGCUCCAAAGACAACACACCUGGGAUCAAUUAACCUUAUAACAGUUCAUGUUGUUGAUGGGUCCAAAAUGACUUUGGUUCCCAAUGAAACGUAUCAGAUUUCACCCAAACCCAAAACUGCUCUCACUACUGAAAUUCCAUGGUUGUAUACAGCAGGACAUAAAACACGUCUCACUUCUUUAAGACCAAGGCCAUCUGAUAAAUCACAGGCCAGACCUGCUCCAAGUAAAACCACAGUAGCACCAGCUAGAACAAAAGCACCUGGCUUGCCAAAAUGGAUUGUGCCAACAACAGAUGACAUAUAUACACCUGAGGAUAUUGCCAGACAUAUUGGCAUGGAUGUAAAAAAACCUUUGGAAUAUAUUGACACCUGGGAGAAGCCAUUCUCUGGAACUACAUCACCUAGACCUCAGCAUCCUCCUAUACCUCCUGUCAAGCCUACACCAAUGCGAAGAAAGCCUCUGCCUCCAAACACUGUGACGGGUAAACCAGGCAUACCAGCUAAACCAGCAGGACCAACAAUGCCCGUGAAGACAGGAGUACCAUAUAAGACACCAACAGCUUUUGCAACUCCAGAGUAUUAUGUUGAUGCAACUGUCUUCAGUUCAAGCCCUACGUCAGAAACAGACUCUUCAGGCAAACCAAGGUACCUAGCACCCCAUGUCAAAUAUAUGAAGAAAGAUGAUGAUGUGCCUUGCUCUAUCACAAGCUCUCUUGAACAUUUCCCUCAAGAAGAGGCUGGCAUCAAAGAAGAACCUACUCGUCCUCCACAGAAUCCUCCAACCAACCUCACAGUUGUGACUGUUGAGGGCUGUCCAACUUUCGUCAUAUUGGACUGGGAAAAACCAGACAAUGAUACUGUUACUGAGUAUGAGGUCGUGUCAACUGAAAAUGGAGCGACUGAUGGUGAAAAGGAGAAGUCAAUUAUCACUACAAAUCAAACUCAUUCUACUGUGGAAAACCUAAAACCUGACACAAGUUACGAAUUCCAUGUGAAACCUAGAAACCCCCUUGGUGAAGGUCCGAGUAGCAAUGUUGUGGCUUUCAGUACUGAAUCAGCGGACCCAAGAGUGAGUGAGCCUAUUUCAAUGGGAAAGGAUGCUAUCUGGACUGAAAUCCCAUUCAAUUCUGACUCUUACUCAGAAUGCAGAGGGAAACAGUAUGUGAAAAGGACCUGGUAUAAGAAGUUUGUAGGUGUGCAGCUGUGUAAUUCGUUAAGAUACAAGAUAUACCUCAGCGAUUCACUUACAGGAAAAUUCUAUAACAUAGGAGACCAGAGGGGCCAUGGAGAAGAUCACUGCCAAUUUGUAGACUCGUUCUUAGAUGGAAGGACAGGACAGCAAGAUGAUCUACCAGUCAAAGACGGAUUUUUCAGGGCAGUUCGUCAGGAACCUGUCAAGUUUGGAAAAAUAGGUGGGGAGACUCACAUCAACUACGUGCGCUGGUAUGAGUGUGGAACAUCAAUUCCUGGGAAAUGGUAGAUGUGAUGGGGACCUGGUGAAGAGACCCAGCACCAAGCACCCUUGCGAAUGCCCCAAGCAAGCUCAAAGAUGAGAAUGUAUGGUAUGCCUGUCACUUACACAAGUUUGCUGGCGUGUAAGAUUUAUGCAAGUCUAAUGCCAAUACUGCAUUAAUUGUGUAAUAGCGUAGGCUGCUUACUGUAGUUAUCCAGUUUUACAGAUUUGUCUUUAGAUUGGAAAAAAAAAAAACCACAGGGUAGGGACACGGUGUAGGAUAAUGUAUAGGGAAGCUGGCUCCCUAUUCUUGAGGUAUGGUUUCUAAGGUAUUUUAAGAGAUACGGUGUGUAUAUUAUUUAUCACAAUGUUGUAAUAAAUGUUUAAGGCACAGUUAUGGUAAAAGUUGGUCAUGGAAUGCAGUAUGUGUUAGUUUUUAAAUAUUCACUGGUCUUGUAACGUAAGUGCCAUAAGCUAUCUGCCCAGGUAAAUCUGCCAUGUUUCCCCCAUCAUAAAUUAUAAAAAAGUCCCCACAGGUUUUAAUAACCAGGAAACUUGAAGUGCUUUCUCCUUACACGUACAAACAGCCCAUACUCCUGCCCAAAUACUGAGUGUAAUUGUGUGUGGAUCUUUGAAUGAUAGAGUUUGUGUUUUUUUCCAUAUUUGUUUCCAAAUGCAAGUUUCACCUCCAGCAAAACCUUCAGUAAGGUCGGCCCGUGGCUAUGGAGUUAGAAGUGCUGCAGUGGUUAGUGAGGCAGUGGUUUGUGUUCCUCUAAUGAAAGCAGGCAGGUACACGUGUAUGUGGAGAAACAUGAAACUGGUCUCCGUUGCUGUGGCAUACCGUAGAAGUGCUGUUUUCAGAGACUGAGUGGUUCAAAAAUGAGACGUAUGUACAUUGCAGGAAGGUCUGGGACAGUAAGUGAAAUGAGAAAAAUAAGCGGUCAUAAUGGCGUCAUCGGUCAGAUUUGGUUUAUUAAGAAGGAAUGCUUUAAAACAUUGCUCAUUGGGGAAAAAGGGGAAAUAGUGAUAACUGAACUUUUAAAACUGCUUUACGGCAAUUAAAACCUCUCUCAAAGCUACUUGUUGUACUGCUUGAACAUUUAUGUACUAAAUAAAGAGAUGUAGGUUUUUUUUUUUUAAAAGGUGUUAUUCAUUACAUUACUAAUGUAUUGAAAAAUAUGAGCAGGACACCCAGAUAUAUAUAUAGUAGAAAUAGCCAUUUAUAGAAAAUGCCUUAUAAAGUACAUUGCAGGUACACUGUACUCCUAAUAAAAUAUUUUUUAAUCAA